AUGGUCGGAGGUGUGCGAUUGUUAACUUGCGGUCGCCUAGCUGUAAGGGCUGUUUUCUCUGCGUCUGCGCUCGACAUUGGAUCUGCAGUUGCAACGACAUGUGCGGAUCCUUCUGUUCAAAAACGAAGUUUAGCUGCAGCUCCGGCGCGAGGUGAAAGUCCUGCUACCUCUUCAACGCCAUCACCACCUGUAGUGGCAACAUGUGCAGGAUUUCCUAAGGAUAUGCAAAAGGGACCGUCCACUGUACUCGAUUCUGGUGUGUACGGUGAUGACGCCUGUUUCAUAUCACGGUUCAAAAACACUUUUGUCGUGGGAGUUGCUGAUGGUGUUGGCGGUUGGCGUAGAUACGGAAUAGAUCCGUCGCAGUUCAGUCGGAAGUUGAUGCGAGAAUGCGAAAAACGAGUGUCUAGCGGCGACUUCGACCCAAAGAAGCCGGAGACUCUACUGGACAAAGCUUUCAAAGCCACCGCUGAGUCACCAAGACCAGUUGGGUCUUCAACUGCGUGCGUUCUGGUGGUUCACCAGGAAAUGUUAUACUCAGCCAAUUUGGGAGAUUCUGGCUUUAUGGUGGUUCGUGAUGGGCGGGUGCUCACGAAAAGCGAAGAACAAGUACACUAUUUUAAUGCCCCGUUCCAACUCACGCUCCCUCCUGAAGGCUACCGUGGUUUCAUUGGAGAUACACCAGACUUAGCCGAUAAGUCCGAGAUACGAAUUCAGAAGGGUGAUAUAGUCCUUCUAGCCACGGAUGGAUUGUGGGAUAAUCUCACUGAGCAACAUGUUCUGGAUCAGUUGCGGCCACUGAUUGAGGAGAAAGCUUCAGUCCAGGAGGUAUGCAAUGCCCUUGCUUUGACGGCUCGCCGUCUCUCAUUCGAUGUUACUCACAACAGCCCGUUUGCGGUGAAAGCGCGCGAGCAUGGUCUAACAGCAGCCGGCGGAAAGCCAGAUGAUAUUACGCUCGUACUUCUUCUCAUUGCAUAA